GCCAGCACUCAGCUGUCAGAGAGCUCUCAGUCUGCAGCAGAGGCACAAGCAGGAUCUGUCUCCGUCUUUAUCGUGUCGCUGCAGCGCUAGUCUAAACCUUAACACUCAAAGGACAUAAAAGGGCUUUCUGGUUCUGCUCAGCUGCCUGAGUUACCUGACGAGAAUACAAAAAGGAAUUUAACAUCCACUAAAACUGAGCUGUUUCUUUUGUUUCUCCUCUAUUUCCUCCUUCCUGUCCUUUGUUUUCGACCAGCCGAGUCCUCGACUGCACAGACGAAGCAGAUCACCAUCACAACAACGGCCUAUGAAGACACCGUGGGAAUAAUCUGCAUAUACCUGCGAUCUUAAUGCGAGAUACCAGGACCAGUCCUCAUCUGUGCGGAUCUGCAGUGUGCAAGUGAGUGUGUGUGUGUCCCUGCCAGAUAGGGCCCCCACCACAUUGUGUGUGCGUGCGUGAGGAGGCUAAUGCCCGCGGUAGUGUGGUCAGGACCAGAGGAGGAUGAGUCCGGCUGUGGAGGCUCAGGCCCAGGAGGCCAUGGAUGCAGAGCAAAAGCAAAAGCAGCAGCAACAGCAACAGCACCAGCUGCAGCACCAGCAGUGCUACAUGGACAAAGGUGUGAUGCUUGAACCCUUCGUGCACCAGGUGGGGGGACAUUCCUGCGUCCUGCGUUUCGGGGAGCAGACCAUCUGCAAGCCCCUCAUCCCCCGCGAGCAUCAGUUCUACAAGAGUCUGCCUGCUCCAAUGAGGAAGUUUACCCCCAAAUAUAGAGGUGUGGUGUCAGUGAGCUUCGAGGAGGAUGAAGAAGGGAACCUUUGCCUCAUCGCUUACCCCCUCCACAGUGACCCAGCAGCCGAUCUGGAGAACAAGGACCCUUCGGCUGACUGCGAGCCCAAGAGCAAGAUGCUCAAGUGGAGCAAAAUGAUGGCGUCCUCUUUGCUCGUGGAGAGCGAGAACUACAGCAAAGAUGGCCGAAGCCGCCACUCCCGCAAAGACAAGGAUAAGAGUGUUCACAUGCUGCAGGAGGAGGUGGAGCUGGAGUGGCUGCAGCAGGCCGAUGUGCUUUCCUGCCGACUGGAGCACAGCCACAGUAACGCUGUGCCGCAGCUCAAACACAACCCUUGGAGCCUCAAGUGCCACCAACAGCACCUGCAAAGGAUGAAGGAGAACGCCAAGCACCGCAACCAAUACAAAUUCAUCCUGCUAGAGAACCUGACAUGGCGGCACACUGUCCCGUGUGUGUUAGACCUGAAAAUGGGCACGCGGCAGCACGGAGAUGAUGCAUCAGAGGAGAAGAAGGCCAUGCAGAUCCGCAAAUGCCAGCAGAGCACAUCAGCCUCUAUGGGAGUCCGUCUCUGUGGCAUGCAGGUGUACCAGUCUGAUACAGGCCAGCUGAUGUUCAUGAAUAAGUACCACGGCCGCAAACUGACGCUCCCGGGCUUCAAGGAGGCUUUGUUCCAGUUUUUCCACAGUGGACGACGUCUGCGACGUGAACUCCUCUCCCCGGUGUUACGCAGGCUCAGAGAGAUGCAAGCCGCCCUGGAAGCUUGCGAGUCCUACCGCUUCUACUCCAGUUCGCUUCUCAUCAUCUACGACGGCGCACACCACCGAAAACACACACGCCGACGCACCGAAGACGGUCUCUCAGAGGAAGAAGAGGAGGAUGAGGAUGAGGAUGAGGAUGAGGACGAGGACGAGGACGAGGAGGCGGAAGCUGAACCGGAAAUGGAGGUGGAGGAGGAGGAGGAGGAGGAGGAAGAAGAAGAGGAGGGGAUGGGUGAAGUAGCGGGCGCGCUUGGUUUUCCUCACAGCCCCUCCACGUCUAGUGACAGCAGCAACAGUUGCUCCAGCAGCGGCAGCAGCGGCAGCAGUAGCAGCGGCAGCAGCAGCAGCACCAGCGGGGGCUCAGGUGUUAACCCCGCUUGCCUGUCCCACUCAGACCCCCGCAGCCCCAUGGUGGAUGUAAGGAUGAUAGACUUUGCCCACACCACCUGCAGACAUUACCGGGAAGACAGCGUGGUCCACGAGGGCAAGGACAGCGGGUACAUCUUUGGUCUCCAGAACUUGAUCACCAUCAUCUCCGAGCUGGAGAACCACAGCACAGACUGAAGACUGACAUGACUCGCACACACACAUCCAGACACGGAGGCACAAUUACACACAAAGAGGAGGACUGGACUACAGAAGAGAGGGAGGGACAUUUCUCCUCUCCUCUUCAGAAUUAGACCUUGUUGUAGCUGGCGUGUUGUUGGACCCCCUUCCUGUUUCUGCUGUUGGUGCUUCUCAGUGUUCUUGCGUGUUGUGUGCGUCCGUCAUCAGGUUCAAAACAGACCGUAACGUAGGAGAGUCAUCUGUGUAACAUGCAGUGAUUUACCCAUUGUCAUCAUUCUGUUUUAACCCCGCUCACCGAAAUGCAAAAAAGGGUAGGCAGCAAAUAAAAAGCAGUUUGAAGUCUGAGGCGGUAGAAUUUUUUUUUUCUUGUGUCCGAUUCCAAAGAAAGUGUCAGCAUUUUGCACACACAGACAUGCACUUAAACACAUUCUGCUGAAGAAGUGUGUGUUUAAAAUGAGACAGGGCUACGUGAGAGGGCAGGAGAUGUAUAUGUAUGAGGAUAGAAGCGAUGGGAAGAGAGGUAGUGAGCUCAAACCCUUCAUCUUCUCUUUUGCCUGUUCGUUCUGCCAUCCUUCUUUCCCUGUUCAUCUUCACUCAGAGAGAUUAUAUUCAUAUAGGUAUCACAGACAGAUGCUAUAGAGUUAUUUAUUUAUUUGACAUGUUUCAUAAAAAUAACCUAAAAGUUCAAAAAAGAAUGUGAAUGGAGAGUACUACAUUCCAUGUUAUUAAUGUUACAAUAAUGAUAUUAAUUAAUAUUGUUAUUUAACAUAUUUGGUUACCUCUAUCUUGUAUAUCUGUGUUGUCCACAGUUUGUUGGAGGAGAAAUUAAAGACUUUUG